AUGGCAAAAGGAAAGAAAAAAUCGAAGAAAAAAGAUGCUGCAUUAAUUGAACAAAAUACGCAAUUAUUACGACGUAUUUUAAAAUUAUACGAUCAAUAUAGUAUCGAACAGAAUAGUGUUACUUGUACAGAGGUGACAAAAACAAUUCGAUUAUUACUUGAAGAAGGCGAAAGUUUAACAAGAGUAUUUCUUCGACCGAAUCCUCAAAAAGCAAUUAAACCUAUUGCAGAAACAGAUGAACCGAAAUCCGUUGCGGAAGAGCUACAUACUUUUGUUCGACCAUUUGUUCGUACAUUAUCAACUUGUGAAGUUCAUACACUAAAAGUAUUUGCUGUAUGGAAUAUUUGUAUGGAAUUACUUGAUUGUAUUGAACUUGGUCUUUAUUUAAAACUUCCAACAACUAUUGUUCAAACUCUUUCACUUAAUGAUUGUCUUCUUCAACCAGAUCCUUUAUACAGACUUUCAACAUCAUUUAGUAUAUGUCGUACACUUCGAAUAUUGAAUCUCGACUAUAAUGAUGCAAUUUAUCUUGAUGGAAAUCAUUUUGGAUGUCAAGGUGCAUAUGAUUUAAUAAAAUUCUUAUUACUUGAUUGUGAAAAAUUUCUUCUUGAUAAACAAGAUAAAUUACAAGCUGAAAUGGAAUUAAAAGCACAAGAAGCUAUACUUCGAGAAAGACAAGGUUUACCACCUGAACUAACUGAAAGCGAGAAAAAAGAAGAAAAGAAAAAGAAAAAAAAAAAGAAAAAGAAGAAAAAACUAACCCUUGAUGAUAUACCACCAUUUGGACCAUUUGUUACAAAAAUUCAUUUAUUUGAUAAUGAAAUUGAUUAUUUACAACCCGAUGGCUUUGCUGUAAUUCAACAAACAAUAAAUGCUUUUGCACGAUUAAUUGAAAUCUCUGAAGAAUUAGAAGAACUUGAUCUUGAUGAAAAUAUUAUUGGACAUGUAUGUGGAGGAUUUAUUUUAGAGUCAUUAAAAAAACGAAAAGAAAGUAAAUUAAAAAAGAUUAAGAUUAAUGUUAGUGAAAAAAUUGAUCAAUUUGUUUUUGCUGAUAUAUUAAAACUUAGUGCGAAAAUGAAGAAAAAACGAAAACGUGCGAAAAAGAAGAAAUAA